GAAAUUGAAACUAUAAAACAGACAGGAGUUGACUGUUCAGAGCACCAGGGGAGCGUUGCUACAGGUUUAGAAGAACUCUGCGUUAUGGAGUUUAUUACAGACAUCGCCAUCAUCAUUGAUCAAGCUGAGUACGAAGACCGUGAAAGAUUAAAGAAGAUUCUUCGAUCUUACAGUCCAGAGAAAAAUGGUUCCUGCUACAACGUGAGAGGAACCUUUGAGGAACUGGAUCACCUGAUAUCCAAACUGUCAACAGUGAAGCGUCGCACCAGUCCUACCACGCACAAAAGAACCCGUGAGCAAGACAAACGUGCUUCAGCUCAUGUCAAACCUGUGGAUGUGUCGAGGACUGUCAUGGCCUACAUUCAGCAAAAAUGUACAAAAGACCUUAGUGACAUUCAAGGGAAUAGUUUUGUCAUUGAAACACCUGACCUCAGAACAGCAUGCAGUAACCCUAGCAGCACAGUACAGGUGAUCAUAAGGCCGCUCCAUGCCUCCCGAUACCCUGUUCGUGCUGACUAUGUCAGGCAGAGAUUCAUCACACUGUACCAAAGAACUGCCUCUGACCUGCAAGUCACAACUGUCCGAGUGAGUGACCACAAAGCCCUGCAGCGGAGAUUCCCACGUCUCCUUUUCAAACCCAGCCACAACAAAUAUGAAGUCACAGUGACUGGGCCUUUUGCGGACAUUGCUGGAUUGAAAGAGUUCCUUUUACAAAAUGCAUCAAGUCCAAGAAAGAGUCCAGUGAACAAAGGUCCAGCAGACACUCGAAGCAGCAGGACCUCGGGUCCUCAACCUGCGCACGGUAAAAAGACUGAAGAUGAAUCAUGUCCAAUCUGUAUGGAACCAAUAGGAAUAACAGAGAAAGUGACCCUGCGCUGCAAGCAUUCCUUCUGCAGAGGCUGUCUGAAACAAGCCUUUGACUACAAGCCUGUGUGCCCGACAUGUGGAGAGUUAUACGGCACUCUGACGGGGACACAGCCUCGUGGAGGCAGAAUGAUUGUCAGCAAAAGCUCUUCGUCUAUGCCUGGAUAUGAGAAAUAUGGAACAAUAAUCAUCCAGUAUUACAUUCCCAGUGGCAUCCAGACGGAGGAGCAUCCUAACCCUGGUCAUACAUAUGAAGGUGUAUCCCGCACAGCCUACCUCCCAGACACAUCAGAGGGCAGGAGCAUCCUGGAGCUGCUGAGGCGCGCCUUUGACCAGAGGCUAAUCUUCACCGUCGGUCGGUCGACCACCAGCGGCAGGAACAAUACAGUCACAUGGAACGACAUUCACCACAAAACCUCAACACAUGGAGGACCAACUCACUAUGGAUACCCUGAUCCUGACUACCUCAGCCGAGUACGAGACGAACUGAAGGUCAAGGGAAUACAAUGAGUGGCUGUAAAGCCAACAUGAAUCAACUGAAGAGCCACUUUGAUAUAUGAAGUUACACUACUAUGUCUAAAAUGUUAUGUACAAACAUCUUCCAUUUUAAAAUGUACAUAUAAAGUUGGGUGUAAGAGAUAACAGAGAUACAGAGGACCACAAAGAAGUAAUUUUAAUAAUAGUCAUUUUUAAUUUCAUUUGGCAUUCCAGAAAUAAUGACUCUUUCCCACUAGUCAACCAUAUUUUCUACCGUUUCCAAUAUUUCCAGGUUGUCUUUUUACAUUCUUGAUUCCUUAAGGGCAUUCCUCUUAGAUUAUUGUUGGUUGAUUUAAUAUGUUUUUUUUGAUUAUUUUUGUUUGAAAUCAAUAAAUAUGGGGAAAUUGCUAUUUAAAAAUGAACAGUCACUUCCUGUUGGUCUUGCUGAGGGUUAAACUUCAUCAUGUGUUAUCAGUCAGAUCAGGUGGUUUCUCUGACAUAUACAGUUCCUUGUGUAUCUAGUUUUUUCAGUUCAUCGUAUCCUGUCAUGGCACAUUUAUCCCUGGUUGAAUGAUUUGUUGUUGUUGUCAGGUGUAAGGGAUCUAAUUACCAUGCCUUGGGACAUGCCAAGAGGACAACAAGAGAGCGUACACAGCUUGCAUACACACCCAGGUGAGCUCUGCUUAUUCACCCCCCCCCCGCCUCAGUCGACUUGGGUUCUCUCUUGUCAUGAGCUGUGCUGUCAGGGACCUUGGUGUUUUGAUUUCAGUUCUUGCAGGUUGACAUACAGACACAGAUAGAAAUUAAACCAAAGUAGAUCAGGAAUGAGGGUUAGGAUUCAUUGUCUAUCAUGGUCAUAAAAGUUGGUUGCUCACAUCUGCAGGAUGCUGAUUUUCAUGCGCCUGUGUCUCUCCCCUCCUCUCUCUGCAUCUGACAGGAGGAGGACCACAUCUGGAAAUGUGGGCAGCCAAUCAAAAAUGACAAAUGAUUACAUGGGAUCAUGAAAGAUCAGAGACUUUUAGUUUUUAGUGUCCCUGAACAUGUGACAGAAAACUGCACAUGGCUUCCUUAAGUUGUCUUUCAGUCCAAACGUCCCAAUUCUUCAUGUUCAUUCAUUGGGUUCACAGGACUUAAACCCUUUAUGGCGAUCUAUGAUAUCCCAAGCUGAUUGAGGACUGAUUCACCAGCAGUGACAAGAUUUUCCAGUAACUCAUUUUUACAGCACCCAUGCAUGGAAGCUACACUUUGGUUAAGGGGAACAUUGUGGUUACGGUUAAUAAAGUAUGGUUCUAGUGGAAGGUGACGCAUGCUGUGUAGAAAAAGCCAAGACCCUGAGCAUGAGUGAGACAUGGGCUUCAUCUGUGUGAAUAUGCACUCACUCAUCCUGCACUUUAUAUUUGUAAUUAAAUUAAUAGUCAACUUUUACAGAUUUGUUUUCAUAAACUCUUAUUUGCACCCCCAGAUAUCUGAUGCAUUAUUUCAAAUAAAAAAAAGAGUGGCGGGAUACAUGUCACCUCAUGUACCAGGAUAAAUGGAGUGAAAUUGUCCUCCGCCAUUUGUUUUCCACAAUGAAGUUAAUGUGUCCAACUGGUAAAUCAGUUACGCUUUAAAUUCAGGAAAUCAUUUCACCCACACACACACACACACAAGUGCGCACAGACCAUAGCCUUUGCCUUCAUAAAACCAAUAAACCUGAAUCCUCUGUGUUCAAAGUCCACAAGCUUCAAAUAAAAAUGAAGAUCAGUUG